GUUUGCACACAGCAGAUGAAGCGACCAGACGUGCAGUGGAUUACAGUGACCUCAUCAUCUCUCAGUCUGCCGGAAGCUGGCACCAGAGAUGGCAGUCUAAUUCACUGCAGUGCCCCAUAUAGCCGACAACAACAGCCUGCCAUGCUCGUCUCGUGCUGGUGUCUCUAUCUGGGAGCCCAACGCCUCUACAGACACGUGUUGAGUAUGGCGUCGGUCGUGCAGAAGCUCAUCACUCCUCUGUUCAGCGGGACGCUGGAGCCGCCGAGGAACAAAGUGACGGUGGUUGGUGUGGGACAGGUGGGGAUGGCCUGCGCCGUCAGCGUCCUGCUGCGGGAUCUGGCCGAUGAGCUUGCGCUGGUGGACGUCGUAGAAGACAAACUCAAGGGCGAGAUGAUGGACUUACAGCACGGAAGCCUUUUCCUAAAGACACCCAAGAUCGUCUCAGGCAAAGAUUACUCUGUGACGGCGAACUCUCGGGUCGUGGUGGUGACGGCAGGCGUGCGUCAGCAGGAGGGCGAGAGCAGACUGAAUCUGGUGCAGAGAAACGUCAACAUCUUCAAACACAUCAUCCCGCAGAUCGUCAGAUACAGUCCCAACUGCAUCCUCAUCGUCGUGUCCAACCCAGUGGACGUUUUGACCUAUGUGACCUGGAAGCUGAGCGGUCUGCCCAAACACCGCGUCAUCGGCAGCGGGACCAACCUGGACUCGGCUCGCUUCCGGUAUUUGAUGGCUGAGAGGAUGGGCAUCCAUCCCAGCAGCUUCAACGGAUGGAUUCUGGGAGAACACGGCGACUCCAGCGUUCCUGUUUGGAGUGGUGCAAAUGUAGCCGGAGUCAGUCUGCAGAAACUCAAUCCAGAUAUCGGCAAAGACACGGACAAAGAGAACUGGAAAGAAACACACAAAAAGGUCGUGGACAGCGCUUAUGAGGUGAUCCGACUCAAGGGCUACACAAACUGGGCGAUCGGUCUGAGUGUGGCCGACCUGACAGAGAGUCUCAUGAAGAACCUCAACCGAGUCCAUCCCGUGUCCACCAUGGUGAAGAUGAAUGUGUUUCAGGGGAUGUAUGGCAUCGGUGACGAGGUGUACCUGAGCCUGCCGUGUGUGUUGAACAGCGCUGGAGUGGGCAGCGUGGUCAACAUGACCCUGACCGGCGACGAGAUUUCACAGCUGAAGAAGAGCGCGGACAUGCUGUGGCACAUCCAGAAAGACCUGAAAGACCUGUAACGCUAACUCACAGCCAAUGCUAGUAUUCACCGCUUCCAGUGUCAUGAAAUGUGAUUUGAUGAACAUGUGCUCAUCCUCAGGUCAUCUGAGAUUAGGAUGAGUUUGUUUCUUAAAUCAGAUUUGGAGAAAUGCAGCAUUGCAUCACUUGCUCACCAAUGGAUGUGAAUGGGUGCCGUCAGAAUGAGAGUCCAAACAACUGAUAAAAACAUCCAAUACAAAUACGCAGCUUUUCACUUCUCAAGACAUUAACUGGAAUAUUGUGAUGUCUUUAUCAGCUGUUUGGACUCUCAUUCUGACGGCACCCAUUCACAUCCAUUGGUGAGCAAGUGAUGCAAUGCUACAUUUCUCCAAAUCUGAUGAAGACACAGACUCAUCCUAAUCUUAGAUGGUCUGAGAGUGAGCACAUGUUCAAAAAAGUUUCAUUUUAGGAUGAACGUUUGCUUUAGAAUAAUUAUAUAAACACAUGAUUGUCAAAUUAGCACUUUGUGUGAAAACAGAUCUUGGUGUCUGAUGGUGAAAUAUAGCUAAUAUUAUACAUUAGAAAAUCAAACGUUUGGGCACACUUUAACGAAAAGAUGAUUUGUGAUCUUAAAAACCCCUUUUAAUAAAAAAAAAAAUUAUAUCGAAAUUGUGCCAACAUAUAAAUUAUCUAACAAAACGAUUAAAAAAAUAAAUGCAUUGGAGCAAAUUAGUAAGAAAAAAAGAAAUCAAGCUUUGAAAUCAUAUUACAUGUUUGAGUGUUUUAAAGCAUCUCAUGGUGCACCUCAUUAAAGUCCAGAAUUGUCAGAGUCUAGACAAAGAAAAAAUAUGUCUUUUGUGUUAAGUUUUAAUCAGUAAAUGUGAAAGAGAUUCAUGAAGAAGUUUAUAAAGAAGCUGCGUCCAAAUGUUUGAUUGACACUGUUACACUUCCAACUGACUGUUGGUUACAGGAACUAGUCAACGUACUCACUAAAUGUCGAAUAAAAGAGCAAAGUGUAAACCAAAUGCUAGCAAUAUACAACUGUUGUGUAAUAUUUGCAAUGAGUGCUUAUAAAAGACUUUAAAUGA